AUGUACUACUUUUCGAAAGAUUUCCAAUCCCCCUAUAUGAUGUCACAGUUUUGCGAGGCUAGGAAUCGAGAGGAUCUAUCCUUCACCAUCUACGUCUAUUUCGUGACCGCCAUCGAGUUCAUUUCGCUAAUAAUAACAUUUCUGCUCUAUAUCCCUUUUAUCCGAAUUUUGCUCCACACCGCACAAUUUCACGAGAAUCUGCGAAGAAUAUUUCUACUGAUAGCUCUGAUUUUCCAACUCAAUUUCAUCUGUCGAACGAUAUUGGUGCUGUACGAGUUUGAUGUGAUAAGAUUGACGGGCUGGUUCCGCGACGACUUCCCUUUUAUGGUGGCAUGUUUUUUGCGGUACUACUUGGCUAUUACCGGAAUGGGAUGUGUUGCCAAGAUCUUGAUCGAAAGGGUCUGCGCCUCAAAAUUCAUCGAAGACUACGAGCACACCAAACGCUCCUAUAUUUUCUCGGUGGUACUCGUCAUUAAUGUAACACUAGGCUGUACUAUUGCGACAAGCAUUGGUUUUUUGGUCGCCAUCGACGAGGAAAGUCUCUACCGCUUCCUCAUCAACUUUUUUCUACCCUUCUGCGGGUUACUGUUUAUUUGCCAUGGCUUGGCCUACUUCUAUCUAAACACUUUUAACGUCAAAUUGCUCAAAGAGCUCUCAGCGGGUGUUGUCGGGAAAAGAGGCUACAAUUUGAGCAUGAGGUUUCAAGUGGAUGAGAAUAUUAAAGCAAUUAAGUUGUUAAAUCGGGUCAUAAUAUGGAUGACUUUCUACGGCAUCGCCACGGCUUUAGUAGGAACCUUGCACUUCGCAGUUUUGGAGGAGAAAAACUUGUGGCUGGGUUGUUUCAUCGAAGUGUGGAUAUCUGGCUACGUUGCCUUCUUCCUCUUCAUCUGUUUAUGGGCAGUCUCGGAAUGGCGCCGCGAAUUCUAUGCCUAUUUCCGGAAUCUAUUCGGCACCGUCCAGACCGGAAAAGUAAAACCCAUCAUCCACGAUAUGGUCGCCGAAUCGAACGAGUACUUUAACUACUAUAAAAACGAGUGG